CCAAAGGUUCCCUCUGAUGAGAAGCCGUGCAGGAGGCAGCAAGGACGGCUCGCAGGUCUCUUGCAGGCUUAGAUCAAGAUGUCGAUGCACUAGCGGCAUCAGCCCGGUCCUUCUCUGAUUGAUUGUGAUGGGAUCGCGUGCGCCAAGAGGAAUUCUUUGCGAGGUGUCGUCGUCGACCAACAACCUUGAUAGCCACAUCAGGCCGAAACCCCACGACACGGAAGCAAAACUCGACGCGCUGUCUCUCCGUGUCAUUCGCAUCCCACUCCCAGGGACAUCUUGGCUCAGCACCAGCAAUGUAACGCUACAUGUGCCCCCCAAACAUUUUCUCUUGUCGUCUUGCCGCUAACAGCUAGCCUUGUUGUAUUCCUAUCACCACUCACCGCAGAGAGUCCGCAGAAGCGCAGGAGGCAGGGGCAGGGGCAGGGGCAGGGGCAUGGGCAAGCACAAAAACACAUUGUGGAGAAGCCCUCCCCUCCACAGGAUCACGACUCUACUGCCCGGUUAACCGUCCGCCACACCGUCCCAAUCAAGCGCUGCGCAGCAAAAGCAAAUAAGACACUGCGCUCGACCUGCCACUUGAGCCCCCCCCUGCUCAUCCUCUGCGACAUCUUCACUCCAUCUUGUUCAAAGCCUCUCCAACUCUUUCCUCCCACACUGUACUUCGGUACAACUCUCUGUCUCUCUACCUUCUCCGGGCCUAUCUUGAUCGGCAAGCCAACCAAGGCUGCAAGUGUCACCCCCGACCUAAAGCGGCUCUAUCCUGUCUCACACCCUCCAACUCGUCGUCCCGUUCCCCAGUUAUUCCUCCUCUUUUCCUCACCCUUGGUAUUUUGUCGCCUUAAGAGCCACGGCGCCUCAUCCCUAUCCUCUGCAGACAACACCCUUGUUCCUACCCCGUGGGCAUGGUGUCGUUAUUGACGAGCUAUGAGUCGUUCUCUUCCUGUCGUGUCCAGCGACGGAAACCUGCCGUGGUCAGACAGCCAUAGCCAUAGCAUGGACUCCGAUGAGAUUCCUCAUGUUGGCUUGCCUUCCCCCUGGUUGGACUCCCUUCCGACAGCCUCCAACUCUCUGUCCACAUCGUCGUCGACUUUGAGCUUCGCCCGUACGGGCCAGCUCUCGCCCCAGCUGUCACCCAUCAGCACUGGCAUGGCCAUGUCCUGCGGAGGCUCCUCCUGCCUUGCCUCGCCGUCCCUCUCGCCCCCCACUGCUGCCAUGAAUUCGCACUCGCUCUCCUCGUCGGCCUCGACGGAAUCCUCAUGGACCAUGAAUUACUCGGGCUCGGGCUCGGGCUCGGACGAGGGCCAUGAGCACGAGCAGCUUCCGCGGGGCGCCAUGAGCCACCACCAUGACAUACACCAUGAACACAUGCCCUGGGAGCAGGACGAUCCAGAUGAGCUGUUGAUGGCCCCAAAACUGGAGCCCUUGGAUGAUGAUGGAUUCUGUAUGGAUGAUUUGGGGGAAGCCCCUGCCACUCCCAUUGGAGGAGUUGCCCAUGCGCUGGGGCUCGACCAACCAAAGCCAAAACGACCCAGAGGACGUCCUCGGAAGCACCCCCUUACCCCCAAUCUGACUGCCAACAAAGUCACCAAAGGCCGCACCAAGACUGGCUGCUUGACAUGCAGGAAGCGAAAGAAGAAGUGUGACGAAGCCAAGCCGCGAUGCAUGAAUUGCGAAAAGAACGCCGUCGUGUGUGAAGGCUAUCCGGAGAAACAGAUUUGGAAAAGCGGCAAAGAAAGGGCCGAAGAGGAACGUCUCAAGUCACACAGCGUCAUGUCCAUUACGAUGCAGCCCAUCUUCCACGGGCUCGAGACGGUCGAAGACAUGAUCUUCUGGAAGCACUACAAUGAACACCUCAGCGCCGUGCUUACUGUCGAGGGUGAACACAAGAAUGCUUUCAAGGACAUGAUGGUGCCCAUCGCGGUCAAACACCAGGGCCUCAUGCAUUCCAUCUUGUCUUUGGCAAGCAAACAUAUUGACUUUGACACACCCUAUGGAGCCACCGUCUUGCGCAACAACCCCUCCACAAGCCUGGAACUCAUCCGGGAACGAUCCAUUUUCCAUCACGACGCCGCCAGGCAGAAGUUUUUCGAAGAUGUCGAGUUUAGCAAAGGAAAGCCCUGCACCGAUGACGAGGUUUUGGUGUCUGCUCGCUAUGGACAGAUGCUGUGCUUCCUCUUGGAAGCUCUGGCAGAGGGUAACCCCCGUGGCGAGCAUCGCGUCCACCUUUCGGCAUACCGCAGUCUUAUCGCCAGCUCGCCUCCUGGAGAUUCGGCCUUCUUGUCGUUCAUCGCCGAGUUUUUCCAGUACCACAUCUUCGCCGACGAAUUGAUCCACUCGUCCGACAAGUCAGGCUACCGUUCCAUGUCGGACGCCCAAGAGCUCCCGUCGGUCCCUCAUAUCCACCCGCCCCGACUUCUUGGUGUUGCCGAUGGACUGCUCGAACAUAUUGUCCCCAUCACCACCAUCAGAAACUCGAUCCGGCGUAACAUGGCCGCCCACGAGCCCGUUAUUGUCGACUACAUUAGUCUCUAUCGCGCAGCCGAGAUCGAUGCUGCGAUUCGAGAAUGGGCUCCCCACCUGCCCCCUGGUGAUAAUCGCGGAAAUGUCAGCCUCCUUUACAAGCACAUGAUGCAGAUUUAUCUCAUCCGUACCAUUUGGCCCCCGGUCGCCACGUCACCCACGCCGACGGCCGCCUCCGUUUCCUCGUUUUCCCACAUCCGCAGCUCGCCAUCCGUCGGCCGACCGACCUCUUCAGUAGUCAAUACCCCACCGCAGUCUGCCUCUACCAGCUGUGCCUCGUCCCCGAAACUUGGAGCCUCCCACCCGAUGAGCGAGCCAAACGUCUACAAACGGAACAGUACCGGAAUGGGUUCCUCCUCGAACGUAUCCCCGAUCCGCAAGAACAGCGGCGGAGGUAUUGCCGCAGCGCUGGCCGCCGAGAACCGACCCGACUCCCCCCCUCCCAUCCGUCAACCUGUUUCCCACGACGAUCGUAUCACCCGCGCCGUCGAAGAGUCCCUCGACAUACUCGACACCUUCAAGCCGAGCGAUCCCUCCCAGACCCUGUUGUUGCUGCCGUGUUUCGUCAUCGGCACCGUUUGCUUCAAGCCCCUCCAACAAGAGCGCAUCAGGGCCGCCAUCAAGUCUGUCAGGGGCUACACCGGACUAAGAAACGCCGAUCGGGUUGUGGAGGUGCUCGAGGAGGUGUGGCGACUGAUGGAGAUGGGUGAGUGGGUGCGUGUGUGGGACUGGGGUCGUGUUGCAAAGGAUAUGGGGUUGGAUUUUAUUCCUGCUUGAUAUUUCUUUCUGUCUUGGCAUUUUGGUUCUGCAGCAUGUCCUUGCCCUUUCUCUCCCUCUCUCUCUCUCGUUGAAAUAUCUCUGGCGAGUUUGAACCAUGUUUUUCUUGUUUCUGUUUGUGGAAACGCCAGAGACAAUAUACCCCCCCCCCCCUCCCCCCACCCCAUAUAAAGCAGUCUCUUGUUUUGUUUGUUUAUCACAUCAUGUAUUUUCCCCCCUUGUAUUCCUCAUACUUUCCGUUUCAGUGAACGGAACAAACAAGUUUAUUGUUUUUUGUGUUGCUGUUUUUAUCUGUCUUUUUUUGCGGAAAAAGAAAACAUACAAAACAAGUCGUUGGCUUUUGACAAGAAAGAAAGGAGACGGACACACAAAAAAAGAAUUACGUUGUAUUGGUAGGAGUUUGGGGAUGGGGGCUAGGUUAGGUCUGGGGAUAUAAGGGGGUAGGGGGGCAUAGGUAACGGUACGGAGCAGAAGGGUUUUCGGGUUCUAGGUCAGGGUUUUUGGUUGGGGGUGGGUUGUAGUAAGUAGGAAGGUUUUCUCUACGGGGUUGCUGCAUAGUACGGUCGUUAUUUUCGGAUUUGUUGUUUUUUUCACCACUUUCCUCUUUGGCUACACACACAUACACACACACACAAGAGGGGUUGGAGUUGGAACAUUUCUUUUCUGGGAGAUUUUUGGUGCAUGUAUAUCUUGGGGAUGGGUUUUCUUGGUGGGGGAUUGGAGAUCAUAAAGGAACAUUUAAGGGCAUGUAAGCGGAUAAAUGGGGGGUUUGGUUUUUAUAGGUAGUUAAUGGUUCGGCAUAUUUUUCGAGGAUAGGAGAUGGAAUUUACACACACAGUCACGUUCGUUACAUUUUGUUUACUUUUUGUCAUUGAUUGAUGGUGAUAUUGA